AUGGCAGGAUUUGACGAUUUGGGCGUCUUUUUCAACGACAACCUCUUCAACAACGAAGGAGACAACGCUGACGGCCAGCCCCUGACCGCCGGUGCCGUCAACACAGCCGCCACUAAACGCCGCUUCAAAGAGUUCUUAAGGCAAUACAAUUCGGGAGACUUUCAGUACAAAUACCGGAACCAAAUCAAAGACCGAUACAAUUUGGAUCAGUUCUGGUGCGAAGUGUCUGUCAAUGAGUUGUCGCAGUUUGACGACGAGUUGGGCGAUAAGCUGUCCCGACAUCCCAUGGAGUACUUGAAGCUCUUCGAGUUGGCCGCCACCGAAGUGGCCGAUGAAGUGACCCGACCUCGUGGUGAGCCCAACGCCGACGUGCAGUCCAUGCAAGUGACGCUCAACAGCGACGCCCAUCCCAUCGCCCUCCGCGACCUCAAGUCUGACCAGAUCUCCCGAUUGGUCAAAAUUCCAGGUAUUGUCAUCGGAGCGUCUAAUGUGCGCGCGAAGGCCACUAAGAUUUCGCUUCAAUGUCGCGGCUGUCGCGAGAUUGUCAACGAUGUCAAUAUCAACGCCGGUCUCGAAGGCUAUCUCUUGCCGCGUAAGUGUAACAGCGAUCAGACGGGCCGUCAGAUCAAGUGCCCGAUCGACCCGUACUUUAUAGUACCCGACAAAUGCGAAUGCGUUGACUUCCAACUCCUCAAACUCCAAGAGGUGCCCGAAUCGGUUCCGCACGGAGAGAUGCCCCGACAUAUGCAGCUCUACUGCGAUCGCUAUCUCUGCGAUAGAGUAGUGCCCGGAAAUCGGGUCACAAUUGUCGGCAUAUAUUCCAUCAAAAAGGUGGCCAAACCGCAGAAGAGCGCAAAUGCGGCCGAUUCUCGCGCCACGAUUGGUAUUCGGGCACCAUAUCUGCGAGUUGUGGGCAUUGAGAUCAAUAGCGAGGGUCCGGGACGGGCGGCGGUCGUGCCCUACACUCCCGAUGAGGAGCAGAUGUUCCGUCACUUAGCGAGUACUCCCAAUAUCUAUGAACGCAUUUCUCGAAGUAUUGCGCCCUCUAUUUUUGGAUCCACUGAUAUCAAGAAAGCCAUCGCUUGCUUACUCUUCAGUGGCUCUCGUAAGCGAUUACCCGACGGACUGACCCGAAGAGGUGACAUCAAUGUCCUGCUUCUGGGAGAUCCCGGAACCGCUAAGAGUCAACUGUUGAAGUUUGUGGAGAAGGUGUCACCCAUUGGUGUCUACACUUCGGGCAAAGGAAGCAGUGCCGCAGGUCUUACGGCUUCUGUCAUCAGAGAUCCCGCUUCUCGCAAUUUCGUGAUGGAAGGCGGAGCUAUGGUUUUGGCCGACGGGGGAGUCGUCUGUAUCGAUGAGUUCGACAAAAUGAGAGAAGACGAUAGAGUGGCCAUUCAUGAGGCGAUGGAACAGCAGACCAUUUCCAUAGCCAAAGCCGGCAUCACUACUACACUGAACUCGCGGUGUUCGGUGUUGGCCGCGGCCAACAGUGUGUUCGGCCGUUGGGACGACACCAAAGCCGAUCAGAACAUUGACUUUAUGCCCACCAUUUUGGCCCGAUUUGACAUGAUUUUCAUUGUUAAGGACGAACACAAUGAACGCCGCGACGCGACCAUCGCUAAGCACGUGAUGGAAGUUCACAUCAACGCACAGAAGACCACUGUUGAGGAGUCCGUUGAGGGAGAGUUGAGUCUCAAUGUAUUGAAAAAGUUCAUCGCUUUCUGCAAAUCUAAAUGUGGUCCCCGUAUGUCACCCGCGGCCGCAGAGAAGCUUAAGAAACACUACGUUCUCAUGAGAAAUGGCAGUCGAGAGCAGGAGAACGAGUGCCACAAGAAGUCUGCGAUUCCCAUAACAGUGCGUCAAUUGGAGGCUAUUAUCCGUAUAUCGGAAUCGUUGGCCAAAAUGCAAUUACAACCCUUCGUUCUGGACGUUCACGUAGAAGAGGCUCUGCGACUGUUCCGAGUGUCGACUCUGGCGGCGGCCACUUCUGGCGACCUGAGCGGCGCCGAGGGCUUCACCAGCGAAGAGGAACACCAGUCGAUGAUGCGGUUGGAGAAGCAGAUCAAACGCCGCUUCCCUAUCGGCGCACAGCUCUCGCAGAACAGUAUUGUCAACGAUUUGACGAAACAAAACUUCACCGAACAGUCCAUUCAGAAAGUGUUGUUUUGUAUGCUUAGAAAAGGCGAAAUACAGCACAGAAUGCAGCGUAAAAUGCUUUACAGAAUUAAAUAA